CUGACCUCAAUAAUCUUGAAAUGAUAUCUAAAUGAUGGUCAGAAUUAUACUGGCCGUCUAUACUGGCCAGCAAGUUCGGUGAACGUGCGUACGCCCUAGACUGUGGUAUUGAUCCCACCACCACCACUCCCACAGCGGUUUCCACAGUCGGCCGGCGCCACGCAGCCACACCACUCGAAAUUUAAAAACAAAACAACCAUCUUCGCGCGCGUUCCAUUUUCAAACGCAUUUUUUAAUUUGUUAUUUUUUAAAGCCAGUGAUGUUCGGAUACCAAUUGACAGUUGCGUGUGUAUUUAGUGUUUAUAGCGUGUGCGAUUAUUACUCAAUUUAAAACGUGAAUGUAACACCUUAAUUGCAACGUAUGAGUCACGAUACGACCCAAUUUACCUAGUUAGUGCUAAAUUGGACAGAAAGCGGCCAAAUACCAGUGUCAAUUGAAUAUUUUCAGCUUAUCCGUGCAUGGAAAGGAAGAUAUCAACUAUCUGAUGCAAAUUAUCUCGGUUAUCGCGUCCCCUCGCUCUAUUAAGCCAGUCGAGCGUCAGUUUAUCGCUAUCAGCUGAUGCAGUCAGUAAAAGCGGUUAAGAAAACUAAUUUCUUUGAAGAACAACACAGAUUUACAUAGUGUCUGCUCACGAUAGCACAUAGCAGUGAGUCAGUCGGCUUCGAGAGCUGCGGACGCUGGUAAUUGUAAUUACCUAGUUUUUUGCGGUUUUCUAAAAUCGAACGCGUCUUCCGAGUUACGAUUUAAGACGCGGUGACGAAACGAAUUCUUUUUUCGAAUAUCGAUUUAGUUUUUUGUGUGUUUCUUGUCUGGAUAGUGCAGUGAUGGUGUCGUGAUUGAAGCGUUUUUGCUGUCUUUCUUAUAAUGGAAAGAAGCGUAUUGGCGGACACUAGGCACGUUUCAUGGGCUUCCGAACUACACUCGGAGUACCGCAGCACAUACAGAUGGCACCAGUACCGAGAGCAGCAGGGCGUGGUAAAGCAGCCGGCGGCCAGCCCGCCCUCCGCGCUGCCCAUCCCCAGGGGUCCCAUAGAGCCGGCGAUGCCCCGUCGCAAGAAGUACCCGGGCGUGGCCUACCAGACCAACCAGCUCUUCGACCCGGCACCUGCUGAUGACAUACGGCCACAGACCUCAGCCGACAGGGCACGGAGCGCUCAGAGGAACGAGGCGGACCGCGCCGGGCGGCGCAGCAAGUCCGAGGGGCCGCGGCAGCCACGCUGGACGGACACCGUCGAACCGAAGGGUACGAGCGCGGCACUAGGCGAGCCCAUGGCUCCGAAGCCGGAGCUGGUCAGCACGGAGUAUCGUAACCAGUUCGCGUGGCCCAAGGAGACAGACGCGCCCCGCAAGAGUAUCUCCAUGGGAGCCCUAAAGAAGGCUGCUGUGGCUGAAGGUCACGUAGAAGCCGAGCCGCUGAUGAACCACGCGGACGAGCACGACGGCCGCUACAUCGAGGACUACCUCUGGAACGGACAGAAGCCCGGCGUGCAGAGAAAAUCGACGUUCCGUAGCGCGCUAUCGGCCCUCAUAUCCAACGGGGAGGAUCGUUCCAAAGAUAAUAGGAAACGUUACAAAAGCGAGUACAAAAAGAAAUUUAGACCGUUCUCUCAGUACGUGUUCGAGGCGUCUAAAGGGACGUUUACGAAAUGCAGGGGAAAAGGAAAGGUUGACGAGGCAAGCGAGAGGAUGUUGAAGGAGCCCGAGGUGGCGAAGGGGGCGGGGGCGGGGGCUGGGGCGGUCUCGGGCGCGGGGCCCCCUCCCGCGGCCGCCGAGGACAGCGCCACCACGCUGCGCGCCGCCGGCCUGCAGCCGCUCGGCCUGGCGCAGGGCGAAUCCUGGUACCGCGAGGUGCUGGACCUCCGCAAGCGCGCCGGCGAGUACAAGUACCGCGGAUGGGGAACCGAGCUGGCUCCAGAACACAUCACACAGCUAUACAAUAAGCAAAUCGAGCUCUGGUACCAGGUUUCCCGCCGGUCCUCCCUAUCGGCCCUAUCACUCGCUUCCACCAAUCACAAGGCUUUGCCAAGAGACGAGAAAGAUGGCAAGGACUCAAAGAACCACUCGCCCAAGAAAUACCGCUCGUUCCGUUCAGCUCCGCACCAGUCCAUCCACGCCAAGCUACAGGAGACGAAGGCGCUGGAGCGCUCGCCGCAUAAGACUUCGCCGCAGAAGCAGAGGAAAAAGAUGCAGGGGCACAGCUUCGAUGAGGGGGCUGCCCAGGAUGGGCCGGGUGUCGGUGAGCCGCGCGAGUUCCGCUCGCCGCGCCGCCGCCCGCGCUCGGCCGACCCCGCGCCCGCGCAUGCGCCCACGCGCCCCGCCGCCGUCGUCAACGGACACGACGCGCCGCGCCCGGUCAAGCCUACCGGUUUGCCGUUGAGUAGAGGGGCUAGUAGUAGAGUUAGGUCUUCGAGGGGCGGACGGUCGCCGUCAGCGCCGGCUAAGCCGGUCAAUGGGGUCACAGUGGGGGUCAAUGGGGUCAAUGGGGCUACAGGAACUCCAGGCCGGGGCCGCCGCAGUCGGAGCAUAUCGAAAGUGGGCAUAAAAUUGGACGACGACAUUCCCGCGCACCGCAGCGCGUCCGUCGCCAAGGACCACUUCUUCGACGACUCGCCCGUGGUCAAGUCUCCGCCGGAGCCCACCCGGGUGAAGUCUCCCGAGCAAAUGAACAUGCGGUCGCCGGAUCCGGUCAACUGGACCGUACCCCUCGACACCGGGAAGACGUUUACAGUCACUCAGAACGUGAAGAGCGAUGAGACCGUAAAGCGCCCUAGCUCAGAGUUUAAGGGCGCGUCGGUGGCAGAAGACGGACCCAAGCCCCAAGAAAUCGCUCCAAUCCACCACCAGCAGAUGUCGCCCAUUCGCUCGCUGAAGAAGAGCGACUCACCGAAUAGCCUCAGCAAGCGCACCGACAAAACCCCCACCACCCCCGUCAGCCUCACCCCCAUCGACGAAACUAAAGCCCUCGACAUGAACAAACUAAAUGGAGUCAACGGAGUCAACGGGGUUAACAGCAAUCAGCUGACCCCCGAUACUCCCGUUCAGGACUUUAAAGAAGUCGUCAAGAAGUCGACUGAAGCGACCCAAGUCGCUCCGGGAGUGGUCGACACCACUGUAGUGAACGACGGGCCGACGGACGGACUGACCGCCACCGAGGUGCUAGACAGGGCCCGCACGAGGUUCGACAAGUUCUGGGGAAAGAAAGAGGAAGACAACGUGUAGAUGAUCAUGAGUUGUUCGAGUUCAAUAUUGGAUUUGGAAGUGUAUUUUAACUGGCUUUGAAGACCAGUUCUGGUCGGUCGAGUCAUUUUAUUGGGCUGAUUAGUAAUGUG